AUGGAGAUGGCCGCACAGUUAUUCGUGAUCACUUCCUUGGUUGUCACAUGGAUCUCAGGGAUCGCUCUCAGCUCCUUCAUAGUCAUCAUCUAUAUCAUCGAAUGGAAGAAGAAAGAACAAUUCAAUGUCUGUGAUCGAAUCUUUGUCUUCAUGGCUCUGAACAACCUCCUCCGACAGUCAUCGAUCCUCCUCAGCGGUCUCUCAUUUAUAUUCUGGUUCCAUCUGAUGGUGACUAACCGCGGUUAUAUUAUGGUGUGUACUGUGACCUUUCUCUAUCUAAUCUAUGACAGUAUCUGGCACUCGGCCUGGUUGUCUAUGUACUAUUGUGUGAAGCUGGUGAACUCUUCCCAUAGGGUCAUUGUUAUGGUGAAGCACCGGUUGUCUUCUUCAGUGACUCUGCUGCUCAUUACAACGUCUGUGGCUUCGUUCCUCAUUAAUCUUCCAUGGACAAUGUUAGUUUCUGUUCCCCAUAAUAACUCCUCAUCGAGCAGAGGAAAUUUUAUCCAGCUCAAUCUGUACUUUACAUAUAUUAAUGUUCUGUUUGGCUGCUGUCUCCCGUUUCUGGUGACCUUCAUCUGUAUCGGGGUCAGUGUGGGCGCUCUGGUGAGGCACAUGUGGAGGAUGAGGCACAGCGCUUCUCAGUUCAGUUCUUCUCCUCAGCUCCAGGGUCAUGUCCGAGCCACCAGGACAAUGAUCCUUCAGGUUCUCUUAAAUUUUGUCCUGUAUGUCUCAGUAGUUGGGAUGUUGUUCGCCUCAUUGGACGAUAUUUGGAGUGUUGUUAUCUGGUUACUCAUCAUGUCUUCUCCCUCUAUCCAAAUGAUCGCUCUAAUCAUGGGGUAUCCCAAAUUACAGAAAAAAGUCCAGAUAUGGAGACACUUAGUAAGUGGAGGACUGGACCAGCGAUGA